AAAGUAAUAUUUUUAUGAUACACAUGGUAGAUUUAAAUGGUUAUGUACCUCUCAAUUCACAAUGUGAAUAAUGCUGACAGUAAUUGAGCUUGUGUGGGUCCACUUCAUUGUGAGGUGUAAAAAUGCAGUCGUGGGCCGUUGAGUGUACUUUGACUAUGAACAUUGACCAGCUCAAGUCAAAGUUGCAAAAGAGGACGAAGACCAAUUACCAUUCCAAAUUCUUGAGGGCGGCCCAUGAUCUUGUCACAACUCAUAUACGACACCAGCUCUUGGAAAAGUCAUAAACAUCAAGCACAAUUUCCGAUACACCAACAAAAAAUAAAAUCAAAAAAAUGAAUCAAAACUUAUUAUCCUCUCCAUGGAUAAACGGCCUGUUCAUCAUCAUCCUCGCUUUCUUUCUCUUAUCAAUGGACUUCGUUGGAGCUGUGGAUCCAUAUUACCAAAAUUGCAGGGUGCCCAGAACUUGUGGUGAUAACCAAACAAUGACAAUAAGCUUCCCGUUUUAUAUCCCAGACCAGCAAAAUUCCCACUGUGGGUACCCUGGGUUCGAGCUCUCUUGCAAUGACAAGAAAAUCCCAAUUCUUAAUCUCUCUAAUGACUCCUACAUUGUUCGCCAAAUCUCCUAUGAAAACCAGUCCUUCAUCGUCUCAAACACCGCACUUUCGCUUGAUGAUUUAAGACCGGCCGGAUCAUGUAUUCCUCCUCUACGAAAUUUAUCUCUUCCCAAUGAUCGAUUCCAGCUUCCCAAGCAAAGCCAAGCCUUUCUGAUCUACGAUUGCCACGCUCCUACAGUACUUCCUGAGUACCAAAUUGGCUGCUAUUCCCAAAAUGUAACCAAUUGGGUUUUGGGUGUCCCUGAGAAUGACUUAGAUCAAUUGGCCAACUUGUCUACCAAGUGUGGAAAAAAUAGUAGCGUGGUGCCGGUGAAAGAUUAUAGCACCACUGAGAGCGUGGGAAUAAGAGAGGCAUUGAGCAGAGGGUUCGAGCUCAAAUGGAGGGCAGACGACUGUAACCGUUGCAAGGCAAGUGGUGGGGUUUGUGGAUUCAACACCUCUGCUUACCUUUUCCGAUGCUACUGCCCAGAUAGGCCUCAUCAUGUGCGUUGCAUCUCCGUUGCAGGAAACGGAAACAAAAUUUUCAAAGCAACAAUAGCCACAACAGUUGCAGCAGGCGGGGCUCUAACUGUGAUACUGAUAUGCUGCAUAAGGAAAUUCAAAUAUAAUAAACCUUUAUGUUUCUGGAAGAAGCAGAAUCAAACGGAUCAAAAUAUCGAGGCCUUUCUAAGGAACUAUGGACCUGUACAAGUCAGAAGAUAUAGUUAUUCGGAUGUUAAGAAAAUGACCAACUCCUUCAAAGAAAAAUUAGGCCAAGGGGGCUACGGUGGUGUAUACAAAGGAAUAUUACAUGAUAACAGUCUUGUUGCAGUAAAGGUGUUGAAUGAUUCAAAAGGUAAUGGAGAAGAAUUUAUCAACGAGGUGGCAAGCAUUAGCAGAACUUCCCAUGUCAACAUUGUUUCUCUAUUAGGUUUCUGUUUUGAGGGUCGAAAAAGAGCUCUCAUCUAUCAGUUCAUGCCUAAUGGAUCUCUUGAGAAAUUUAUCUUCAACAGUAAUCAUUCUUUGGCAUGGGAUACACUCUUUCAAAUUUCGCUUGGCAUUGCUCGAGGGCUUGAAUAUUUACAUCGUGGUUGUAAUACCCGAAUUCUGCAUUUCGACAUAAAGCCACAUAAUAUUCUUCUCGAUGAACAUCUCUCACCAAAAAUCUCCGAUUUUGGUCUUGCUAGAGUAUGUACCAGAAGGGAGAGUAUCAUAUCAAUGCUAGAUGCAAGAGGGACUAUUGGAUACAUUGCUCCAGAAGUAUUUUGUAGAGGAUUUGGAGGGGUUUCACACAAGUCUGAUGUGUAUAGCUAUGGAAUGCUGGUUUUGGAAAUGGUUGGAGGGAGAAAGAAUGUGAAUGUUGGUGUUGAUGAUACUAGUGAAAUAUAUUUUCCACACUGGAUUUACAAGCGUCUUGAACUAGAUGAAGAACUUAGAUUGAAGAGAAUUAUGAACGAAGUAGAAAAAAUUGAAGUGAAGAAGAUGAUAAUAGUAGGUUUAUGGUGUACGCAAAUUGAUUCUUCAAAUAGACCAGCAAUGAGUAGAGUCAUAGAAAUGUUGGAAGGAAGUCUUGAUUCCUUGCAAUUGCCACCCAAGCCGAUCUUGUCUUCUCCUUCAUAUUCAAAUUUUCCACCUGAUUCUUCCAGUAUGAUUGUAUGAAUGCAAACUUAUUAGCAUGUCUCUGCUACAUGAUAUGAACUUUUUGAUGUUCCUGACUACAUGAGAACAAUCUGAUCUUACAAAAUAAUAAUGUCAAUUGCCGUAGAAGCUAAAUUUUUCAAUA